AUGGACCGCACCAGAAACUCCAGAACAGCCCCAGUUGACGGUCCGCGUGACUUGCCUAGCGAUAAUGCUUUCCCCGCCGGAUCUCAGUCUCCAUCCUCGACGCAACUUCGCAAAUCCAAGAGAUCCUUUUCGGGUUGUCGAAAAUGCCGAGAGAAGAAAGUCAAGUGCGACGAAACACACCCCCGGUGCAAGAGGUGCAUCCGAUUCGGUAGAAAGUGCGACUAUACGCCGCUACCCAGGAAGCCAUACACCAGGCGGACAAUCGUGCCAACGGUCGUGGAGACGAGCUCGCAAGACGACGAGGAUAGCCCGCUCUGGUUGGAGUCUAGUUAUUUCUCGGCCUCUUCACCUGGCCCGUGGUCAUCGGCUGCGGGCCUUUCCCAGGAAUGUGCUCAAGUCUUGACGCCGUUCGACCAUGGGGCUAUUCAAGCGUUCCGCUGUUUGCUUCCGCUCGAGGGUGACAGCGGACCUCCCGAAUAUAGCGGACCCAACAUGAUCUGGACACUGGCCUGCCGAAGAUCCGAGGGUGAAAUUGAGCUUGAACGUAUCCUUGCUGCGCUCUGGCUUAUGAUCAUUUACGAGCUCAAGUUUGGUGACGGGUGUGGAGUUGGUUUGAGUGCACACCUCCAGGGGGUCGGGUCAUUGGUUACGGGCCAGCUUCAUCCAAUACAACUACAUGAGGAGUCCAGCUUACACGAUUUACAGUCUAUAGAAGAGGAACUUGAACGAGACGUCAACCUUCAGCUUACAACUGAGGGCGUAUGCAGGAACCUGUCCCCCCUUUCCUGCAGAAUCAUGGUCUGGAUGGCUUUGUUUGACGGCGGAGCUGUUAUGAAUGGGCUUAGCGGAGCCUUCGAUGAGAUGCUUGGGCGUCAGCUUCCAAGAACUGCUGUUUCCCCUGUAGAAGCUCGGCUUGAAUAUAUGAAGGCCCUCCAACAGCGCUCUAGUCUCGUCGGUCGCUACAUCUGGGGCCGAUCGUACCCCCAGCAAUAUUUGGUGGAUGACCUGCAGAACUGCCAAUUGAGUUGCCUCUAUACCGAGCUUGGCCAGUUGAGGUUUCUGCUCGGGACCUUGAUCGAUAAAGAGUAUCGUACAGGAAGCUCCGACCAUGACGGCAGAAAAGCUAUUGCAAAUGGAAUCAAGGUAGUAGGGGUCAGAUACCGUGAACUGCUACAGACCGCAAACCAUUUGGACGCUAUCGGUCAAGACUCACAAAAACACUUUGCCGCCAUGUCUCGCUUCGUUAUCGCAUUUUACCACGCCGUUGUCCUCUGCUUCCUACGCGUGAUCAAAGGAGAUGGGCCUUCGAACCUCUCGCAAAGGGAAUCUAUCCAACAAAUCAUCUCGCUGGCUCUGAAGGCCUAUAGACAUCAUGGCCAGAGAUUUAUGACCCGGUUGGCAUGGUCGCUCUUCGUUACAGCAAUAGAAUCGGAUGACAUGAUUCAUCGAGAAUGGAUCUUGGAGAGAUUCAAUGGGCUGACGGAACGGGGUGAGAACUAUCGGCGGGCUCGGGAAGCUCUCCUUAUUGCUUUCAAGGAACAGGAAGUGACCGACAAGAGGAUCUCAUAUACUGCAUUACUUCAUCGGAGCGAUGUCCAGCGCUUCAUAAUCUAG